AUGAAUGCCAAAGUAACAAAACGUAAUGGAACGGCUCCUUACAACCUUAUGUUUGCCAGAACAAUGAAUGGGUUUAAAAGCUACGCCAAUGAUCCAGCAGUACCAUCACUCACAGAGGAUGAGCUACAAAAGGGUAUAAAAACAAUGGCAGAUGUUGUGUUUCCCGCAAUUGCUGAAAGAGCAAAAGCAGUAACAAAUGCACAAAAGGGCAAGUUUCAUAACAAAUACAGGAUGAUACAAUUCACUCCUAAUAGCCAAGUCAUGAUUAAAGAACUGCAACAAGGUAAACUAGAACCUGCAUACCAAGGUCCUUACACCAUAGUCAGAGAGAAACAGGGAGGCUCCUAUAUUCUCAUGGAUGAACAAGGACUACUGAUGCCCAGAGAAUAUCCACCCUCACAACUCAAGCUGAUCCCACAGGACAAACUCGUCUCACUAGAUGAAUACAGAGUAAGAUGGGAAGGCUACGAAGAAAAAGACAAUACAUGGCAAACGCCUGAGUCCUUUAGCAGCCCUAAACCUAUUGCGGAUUAUUGGGAUCAACUUGAUACAACACCAAUUGACAAGACACAAACCCCACAUCAGACACGCACCGUCACUGCAGCAUACAUUAGCAAACGCCGCACUACGCAGCCCACACCUAUACGCCAAAGCAAACGCUCAAGAUGCUAA